CUCGCCCUGUGUACAAGUAAAAGGGCUUGCCCUGUUCAUGGGCGGUGAGGAUGGUGUUCAAAUCUCGAUGCGAGAAAAAGAUGCCUCUGCGGAGAAAAGGGUGGGCCUUGUGCCCUGUGACCUUCUCGAACCGCUCAAUGACGGCGGCGUCGAUUUUGGAGCUACCAAAUCUCUCUGAAAAAAUUUGCAAUUUCUUGUAAGGAAAAAUUGAAGAAAAAAAAUUGCGAACUGACUUAUGAGCUUGUCAUAAUCGAUGCCAGUGUCAGACUUGCUCGUCACGUUCCACGGGUCGACCACGUCCUCGUCUUCAGCACUCGCCGUAAUCUGGACACUGGACAUGUCUUCGGUCACUUUGUCCUCUGCCAUUCGAUCGUUUAAAUUGCCAAACUUGGGAGAGAAAUGGGAUGCAGCCUGAUGAAAGUUGACAUUACCCUCAAAAACCGCAUUGGAACGUGGAAAUUCUUGUGAUCAAUGAAAUUUCUGCAGCAGAUGUGAACGUCAAUUAUUUAUACGCAUGCGCCUUGCGCAAAAGUAAACAAAUAACAAAAUUUCGGCUGAACCGGUGAAAGGUGAACCACGGAGCAAAGGCAAGGAGUGACCACAUUUUUCGUGUUUUCAGAGCUUAUUUCGUCCCAAAUUAAAUCUCAAAAUUGAUUCAAUUUCACAUUCAGUAAUUUAAAACGAGCCAUGGCAGCCCAAGGUGAAAAGCCUCUUCUAAAUGAGAUCCUUGAGGUUUUGGAAGGAUUUCCUGAUGGGAUUAGCGAUCAGAAAAUCAACGAGCAGUUCAGCAGUCACAAUCGUCAAAAUGUCUUGGAUGCCAUGAACAAACUACUUGUCCAGAAAAAGAUUGAAGUUCUGCAGUUAAAUCAAGAACUUUUCUACAGACUGAAAGCCCAGACUGCUGGUACUAAAGAUCUCGAGAGUAUUGAGGAGCAAAUCGUUUAUGAGCACAUUGAACGCUCGGGGAACCAAGGGAUAUGGAUUAGAGACAUUCGCUACAAGACCAAUUUAAUGCCAGGGCCUCUAAACAAAAUUUUGAAAUCUCUGGAAUCCAGUAAGAAAAUCAAAUCUGUCAAAAGUGUUUUGGCUGGAAAGAAAAAAGUUUACAUGUUGUACGAUGUGAUUCCGGACAGCAAAGUUACCGGUGGAACCUUUUAUCAAGAACAAGAGUUUGACGUUGAGUUCACUGAUCUCCUCACUCAAGAAACUCUGAAAUACUUAAAUGAAAAGUCUGCAGCUGCUGUAGUAAAUGGGAAAGGGAGACCUUUGGAAAUUCGCAAUAUGUCUUUUGCCACAAUCUCCGAGAUUCAGCAAUUCAUCGGAAGACUCAAGAUUUUUACGGUACAAAUUAAAGAAAAUGACAUUCAGAAAAUACUGCAAUGUCUGGGUUACGAUGGAAAAAUCGAAAGCUCGACCAAACCAGGGCCUGACGGUGACCCUGUUGAUUGUUUCAGAGCAGUUGCUCCUCUCAUCAGUCAGCCUAGCAUUGUCCGUAUGCCAUGUGGAGCAUGUCCAAUAUCAGAAAAAUGUUCUGCAACUGGCGUUAUCACUCCAAGCAAAUGCAAAUACUUGACUGAUUGGUUGAACGUUGAUGUGAAUGAAAUGAUGUAAAGCUGAUAGAAUCUAUGAUGAAUUAAUUCAGAAUUUUUUAAGUCCAAUUUGGACAUGCUUUGAAAAAUAAAUAUAAUUCAAUGGAUCAUUUU